AUGCGUAAAAAUUCAGGUUCUAUCUAUUUUAUUGCAUUCAAUAUUGCCAAUAUUCUUGUAUUAUGGAUUUGUCUCGUACCAUUUGUUUAUCGUUACAUGACUGGUAUCGAUUUUACUAUAUCAAAUCUAAUUUAUUGUCGAUUACGAACAUAUCUAUUGGAUGUACUUAUGGUAUUACCAUCAUACUAUCUAACUUUGGCUUCAAUCGAUCGAACAUUAGUCACUUCUCAUAAGGCAUUGAUACGACAUCGAAGCACACGAUGUUUGGCUUUCUGGACAAUUAGUGGUAUUACUCUUCUGUGGUUUCUUUAUUAUUCUCCCAUUUGGUUUUUUGUCAGUAUUCAAUCACCUGCUCCUGGCUUUUAUAUCUGUUUCUUUGAACCUGGGGUGUAUUCUAUGUUUGUGAGCUAUUCUACAAUGACAAUAACGGGCUUUUUACCUCCUUUUCUAAUGACAAUCUUUGGCAUAAUGACAAUGAGAAAUUUUCGACGAUCUCGAGUUCAACCAAUCACUAAUGAAAAUAACAUUAUUGCAUUAUCAUCAAAAGAUCGUCAAUUAGCUAUAAUGUUAUUAUUUGAUAUUAUUAUUUCUGUUGUUUUAUCAUCUUUAGGAUCAAUUCUUUUUGUUUAUACACAAAGAAUUCCAAAUGAAAGAAAAACUAUGGAACAACAAGCUUUGGAUUAUUUUCUUCUAGAUUUUGGUUUAAAUCUUGUAUUUGUACAAGCUUCUCUAACUUGUUAUUCAAAUUUUAUUGUUUCAAAGAAAUUUCGCAAAAAUAUUCGAAAACUCAUUUGGAAACUAAUGCCUCGUGUUUGUCGUCGACAGUGGAUGAAUCGCUGGUCAAAUGUAGCAUUAAAUAGUCUAAAUAUGACUUCCACGGCUUUGACAGUUCGGCCACGCACAGUUGCUAUACAUUAA